UUCACUGAGCUGGCGAGUAUGUUGUGAAGAACACUAAGUACAGACAGACCUAGAGCUCCUUCCUUCCUAGUUAGUUAGCCAGCGACUUUACUAUGUUGACUAACUUCAUCAAUGCAAGGUGGCUCACCCCACAGCAUGUUAUUGCAACGUGAACUGUUUUCUUUUGAAUGAAAGCAGCACAAUCCACUUAACAAUUCUUGGUGACUGUGUGUAAAGCCUUCCUAUUGGCCCGCUCUCUGUGAUCCUCCCCCCCAGCCAGUCAUGCUGCUGCCCCUGCUCCUGCGGGAGUGCUGUUCCAGGCACGGCCUGCAGGUGGCGACCAGCGUCCGUUCCUGCAUCCGGACCCCAGGCUGGAGAGAGCUGCACUCGCUCCAGGGUCCCUCUCUCCCGCGCAGGCAGGGCCGCGGACCGCUCGACUCGCUUACGGAGGCGUUCCUGCAGCGGCGGGCGCCGUCGCGUCUGCACCUCCAGAGCCGCGGCGCCAAGUCCAGGAAGAACUACCGGCAGACACAGGAAGAAGAGUGGAGGCAGCGGAACAAGACGGUGCUGACGUACAUCGCGGCCGCUGGCGUGGGCAUGAUUGGCAUGGCAUACGCCGCCGUGCCACUCUACCGACUCUACUGCCAGGCGUCAGGAUUGGGUGGCACGGCGGUGGCGGGCCAUAACACGGAGCAGGUGGGCACUAUGACCCCCAUACAGGACCGGGUCAUCAAGGUGACCUUCAACGCAGACACACACGCCAGCAUGCAGUGGAACUUCCGCCCGCAACAGACAGAGAUUUACGUGGUGCCUGGAGAGACAGCUCUGGCCUUCUACAAAGCGUACAACCCCACAGAUAAGCCCGUCAUCGGGAUCUCCACAUACAAUGUGGUGCCAUUCGACGCUGGACAAUACUUCAACAAAAUACAGUGUUUCUGCUUUGAGGAGCAGAUCUUGAACCCCAAAGAGGAAGUGGACAUGCCCGUGUUCUUCUACAUCGACCCGGAGUUCGACGAGGACCCGCGUAUGGCGCGCGUCGACACCAUCACACUCUCCUACACCUUCUUCGAGGCGAAGGAGGGGCAGCAGUUACCUCUGCCGGGGUUCCGCCCUCUGACGGCCUGAAAGACUCUACGGCCCCCCCUAAUCAAUCACAGACUUUUCUUACGGUAUUUAAUGGAAGCAGGGGGAGGAGAGACACUGCUGUUGAGACCGUGGUGCUAUGGUCCACACCCUGAAAUUCUUUAUGCAACGCUUCCCCCUGGUGGCCUCUUUGUGUAACACUCAUGGUGUGCAGUUUGACUGAAAGCCCCAUGUGACAGAAGCAGAAACUCAGAGGGGAAGAAUAAAGUGAUUACAGCUCAGUGCUGGUAUCACAAACCGUUUCACUCUCAUGAGGUUGUUAUUUACCAAUCGCAACUCAAUGGCUCUCUACAGUGACUUAGUCGUGAGAGAAUAACACCUCAAUGACUGUGCAGAUCAGAUUGCUGUUGUGUUGACCAUAUCUGUAAUCAUGUACAGAAGAAGAAUUGUUAGUGUAAUAGCUUCUACUUCAGUUCUUAAAUCAAUUACAUUUGUCAUUUACUGUUGGCCCACUGGUGACAAAUAAAACGAAUUACCAUUCAAUUGUAUAAUCAGCUUGAUGUACAGAUACAGCAAUCUAAAAAUAAUUUGGAUGAAUGUUAUAAUAAAUAUAUUUAAAAUG